CUCUCGCUCUCCCUCUCUCCCUCUCGCGCGCAGGUUUUCAUAGCUGAUGGUCUAAGCCGCAGUCUAUUUUUGGAUUUCAUAGUAGCCAUUUCCCCCCCUCUCUCUUGUUUUUUUUAAUUUUUUUAUUAACGCCAUUGUGUUGAUUAAGGAACGCGUUGUUUUAUUUAUAUGUGUGUGUGUGUGUGUUUGUGUGACGAGGUAAGUCACCAUCACAUCAGUAGCGUGACAUUAACAGCCGUGACCGUGUCGGUUUCCCACUCCUCAAUGGAAGACAUCUUCCCACGCUCGGGAGUGAAGCUCGUGCCGCAUCUGUUGUGCAUCAGUAUUCCCAUCGAGGAGCGGGGGAAUUCUCUACAGAUGAAGAUUUGAAAAUUACAAAAAAUCGAAUUAAAAAGACAGGAGGAGGGAGGCAACAGCAACAGCAGCCGCAGCAGCCGCCUGCAACGCUGGGGUUUUACGUUUGUCAUCAGGGUCCGAUCCGUUUUUCACGGCCUGGACCCUCUGGUGGUGUGGACAGCAGCGGGUGGGAAGCGUUCUGACUCCUUCACCGCAUAUUCCCACAAGAUAAGGAGGCAAGUUAAUGGAUUUUAAAGGAGAAAACAACUGAUCAGAAGCUUUGACUUCCUCUAGAAGUGUCACUUUAAUCUUCUCAAAGCUCACUCAAAGAGCUUUCUCACCCCACUACUCCCUACUCCACUGUGUCGCUACCUGUUGCAAGGCAUCAUGGGUACAGUGCUGUCGUUGUCUCCCAGCUACCGGAAGGCGGCGCUGUUCGAGGACGGCCCGGCUACAGUGGGCCACUACACAGCCGUGCAGAACAGCAAAAAUGCCAAGGACGCUGCCGCAGCUGCAAAGUCCCUCAAGCGGCCUUCCAUUAUUAGCGUGCUGCCAUGGAAACGAAUCGUGGCUGUGUCGGCGAAGAGGAAGGGUUCCAAGAAGCUGCAGUCAGAGGGUGGGGACGGCGGGAAGGGGAACUCCCCGGAAGGUCACGCCACCGCCACAUCCGGCUCGGCCUCCAACAGUCUGAAGCUGAAGAAGUCGCAGUCCUGUGCGAACCUUUCAUCUUACUCAUCCAGCCAGGACCCCGCGACCACCACGACCACUACCUCCUCUCACCUGCCCACCUCUAAGACCCUGGCUAAUGUAGCUACUGUAGCUGUCAAAAAGAAUUCCCUCACAGGCUCUGGGAUCCAGCCAUCUACUGCAGCAGGCACGCCGAAACGUGUCAUUGUCCAGGCUUCCACCAGUGAACUGAUGCGCAGCCUGGGUGAGUUCCUGUGUCGACGCUGUUAUCGUCUGAAGCGUCUCUCCCCGACAGAUCCGGUGUUGUGGCUGCGCAGUGUGGACCGCUCCCUCCUCUUACAGGGCUGGCAGGACCAGGGCUUCAUCACUCCGGCCAACGUAGUCUUCCUCUACAUGCUGUGCCGCGACGUGGUCUCUGCCGAGGUGGCCUCCGAGCGGGAGCUGCAGGCCUCGCUGCUCACCUGCCUCUACCUGUCCUACUCCUACAUGGGCAAUGAGAUCUCCUACCCGCUGAAGCCUUUCCUGGUGGAGGCGGAGAAGGAAGCCUUCUGGGACCGCUGCCUGGAGAUCAUCAACCGCAUGAGUGGCAAGAUGCUUCAGAUCAACACCGACCCACACUACUUCACCCAAGUGUUUGCCGACCUGAAGAACGAGAGCAAGAAAGAAGAGGAGAAGACCAAACUCCUCAUAGGCCUCGACCGAUAAGAGGGAGCUUGGAGGGGGGGUGGGGGGGGAGUGAGUGUGGAGGGAUAGAUAGAAAGAUUGGUUGUGGUGAUCGGUGGAGUGACGGGUGGAUAGCGCGUCUCUACUGGUUUACGCUGAGUGAAAUUUCUUAUUUGCAACCCACGACAAAAAAAAAAAGCUAGAGAUUGAAUCAUUUCAGUUUGAUAAUGUGCCAUUUAAACAUUUUACCAAAACGCAAGAGAUUAAAAUCAGGGUUGUUGAAGUGACUUGUUGCUGUCCUGAGUCUGAGAUGAGUUAGAAACACCAGACAACACAGAUAUUCACAUAAAUAAUGGUGAAUGUUAUUAUAGAGAUAAAAAAAAAAAGUAUCGAUAUUGUGUGAUAGGCAUUUUCACCAUAGGGGGAAAUGUCGGCGUAAUUUAACGAAGAAUCGCACUGCUGCAUGAGGUCACCUCAUAAUAUGUCCUUGCACAUGACCGCCUGCUUAUUGCCAACUCCAUUUUUCCCUUUUCCCUACUUUCCUGCCUGAGCUUACUGCACUCACCAACACUGGCUGCGAGGCCCACUGUUGAAACCUAGAGAGCAUUAACUCUCUUUAAUUCCAUGAUAUGGAUGAGCGAGAAUCAACCACGACCAAAAUGUGAAAAUUACAUUUUACCAACCGCGUGCAAUUGCACUAUAGUGGAUUAGUUUUAUCCAUGUGGAACAUAAAGUACUGUAUGUUCAGGAGAGUGUUUGGGUUCAUCCAGUCAAAUCUGCUAUGAAUUGGAAGAUCAGUUGUUUGUUCUGUUUUAUAAGAGUAUAAAAUGCUAAUUUUGGGGAGCUGAAAGUGUUAAUUGUUACAGAAGCCGGAAUGCAAACUGUUUACAUUUACAAAAUUGACAAGGGAAAAUGCAAUACUGACCCCCGAGGGCACAUUUACACGAGGAAUCGUCGAAUUCCUUCCUGUCCCCUGCACUUUGUCUUGCAGUCCAUAUUGGUGCUGUAUUGAAUGAUCACGAGCGAGAAAGAAAGAAUUCUGCUUUAAAACACUGCGCUCGUGUCGCGUGCGUCAUACGUAUGAAUAUGAAUGAUUGGCAGAGCUGAGCUGAUGUUCAGAGGCUGGAUCACAUGAUCCAUGUCAGCUGAUGGCAAACAUCAGAAUGAUAGGGAAUGUGACUUGGCGUGCGGGUGUGUCGAGCGACGGGGGACGAUUCUACAAGUGCAAAAUGUGACUUUUCCCUCUUCUGCAGCAGCAGCGUUAACGUUGCCGUCGCUGCUCGACACGAGGGACUGAGGUUUGAAGUGUCCAGCCCCGUCCUCUGUCCCCUCCCCGUCCCCCGCGCUACUCAUCACUCUUGGACAAACAACAUGGACGUUUCCAUGCUGGUCUGAACCAGUCCUGUCCUGUGUGGAUACGGUCCAGUCCAGUUCAUAUCUAGAGACUGGUCCACUGACCUCGCUCAUUCAGUCGUUUGAUAUGCAUGUGUGCUUCUAUAGGUUUCCUGGCGGCAUGCUGCUGUGUGUUUUGGACACACUGCACCACACGUCACAGAAGAGACUGAGCAUUCGCCGCGCUGCACUACUGAAGGCUGAGCUCUGUGAUGUGACAUCCACUCAGCAUCAGGGUUCUCUGACGCGUCAGAGGCCGGUCGUGUCCCGUGCGUCGCAGAUAACGACAGAUCUGAGGAGCAAAACGCCACCAUUGUUGAUUCGACCUUAAAUGGCUCUACUUUCAGAGUUGCACAAAAGACUGGAGGGAUUUAGAAAGAGUAACGAACACUACAUUUCCCACAAUGCAAUCAGAAAGCACAUGUCAGACUCUAUUUAGUCUCAAACCCAAACAAAUAUUGCAAAUAUUGCUCACCUCAAUGUGUGGCCAGGAAAUCGCGUUUUAAGACAAAAGGAGAAUGAAGAGACUCCAUGCUCCGACGAUGUCACAUCACUGAGUGUUCUUUUUGUUAAAGAAAAAACCUCUGCCUUCUCAAACGGAGCAGAGACCUCGUGCCAUAAUCAUUCUAAAGACUCGUUAUUUAAUACACACGAUGGAGUGACACCAUGAGCCAACUGAACAACGAGGAAGACUCUGGUGAUGAAGAAGCUUUUCCACAGUGUUGUUGUUUCAGGUAUCAGUCAUGCAGACCAGAAUAGAGGGACUUUGAGAGUGAUGUUAUGAUGCAGGGAGGCGGCUUUAUGUGCCACAAGAACUCAACUGGUAUCGUCAAAAGCUGGAGAGUACGAAGCAUUCACUUCACAUAGGAACGUAUUGAAAUACAGAUUUGACAGAGUGUGUUUCCAGGUUUGCUGUCUCCACGGUAGAGAUGAGAGACGAUGUGUCGGGAUGACGACCGUGCUGAGGGUUCCAUGCUGUUUAUACACAGAAACAAACAAAAGACAAAACACGUAGCCUUGAUCCAGAGUCAGACCUCAUGCGAUAAAAUAUGCACGUGAAGAAUGAAUCCAUGGCAAACAGCUCGUUUACAUGUACUUUAUUAUUUCUGAUGGGUUAAAGAAUUGACAAGUAGCAUUUCUCCCACUUUAAUUUUACUUAUAUUUAUUUUGAUGGUAGGUUUGAUGAAGUCAAAUAUAGUGUAUAUAUAUAUGUAUAUAUGUAUGUAUAUAUAUAUAUAUAUAUAUAUGUAUAUAUAUAUAUUAGCAUUAGCUCCUUUUCCACCAACAUUUCCAGGAAGUUUUAUUACUGGUCACUUAUUCGCCCAGAGAAAAGAAUUCCUGUGGUAAUAUGUGUUGUUUGUGCUUCCAAAAAAGUUGGUAAGCUGCAAAAUGUGCUCCACCAAUCAGCGUUCUUCAGCACACAGCCCCGCCCCCUCUAUGGUGCCUGGUAAUCUGAAAAGUCCCUAGUCGCGAGUAGGUAAUUUUGGUGGAAACAGAAAGUUCCUGCAGUGGAAAAGGGGCUAUUGAUUUCCAUCAGUGUUUGCUGAAGCCUUCUCUGACAUAAUAUACAUAAUAUACCUGAUGACAGUAGAGUCUCUUAGCAAGCUAACAUCACCGCUGACCACUGAAAAAGCAACUUUAAAGGUAACAUCAGGUGAUAAGAGAAUAAAGUGAAAUUAAUGAUUUGCCAUGAUCCGAGCAUAUUUCGUAGAGGAGUGAUGAUUUCUUGCGUUCAAGAAGAACGCUCACUCACUGAGAAUUAUAAUAUACAGUAGCAGGAUUCAUCAGGUGAUUUUACCAGCUAUUACUUUAAUGUUAGCUCCAAAACGCUGCCUCAUGCUCUACCAUCUUUGUUUUGGGCCUCCCUCUUUCAUAGUUCAAAGUAAGGUAAUAUGAAACGGCUCUGUAGCAUCUGACGUCAACAUACAGUCGUACACAGACGACCUGACCCUGUUGUUCUCAAAUAUCGAGGGUAAAGCUGCUAACGUUGAACUCUGAACGUAUCCUGGAAUGUCUUCCUCAGAGUGGCGUGCAUUUGUUGUGCUAACUGUGAACGGGGCUUUUUUGUUUUUUUGUCUGAGGAAAUGAAAACUUCAACGCCACCAAAUAACGAAUGUGCUCUUCAGAAAGUAAUCCAGGUUGCAGCUUAAAGUAGACGAAUGCUCUUAGUCCGGUGUGUACACAUUUACUCUCUCCUUUCACAGUUUUUAAUUUAAAAAGUUCUGUUGAUGCCAUGUAUUCUUACUUCUUAUAACAGCACCGUGCAAACGCCCUCGGCCUGUGCAGGAGCGCAGGCUCCUGAAUCUCCAGAAACAGUCCAGUUUACCUCCAUCUAUUCUGCUCAUUUCUGAUGCUAAAUCAAAAACACACGUGUGCAUGCAUGCAUUCACACACACACACACACACACAUAGAGUAUUGAACGGGCUGUGGAUGUCUGAUGAAAACCUUUGACGGACGAGACGAGCGAUGGAAAAAAAAUGUCCAUCGACCACAUUUGAAGCACCUUUGCUUCACACAGGGACAGUAAAUGAAGACACAAGGAAACGAGCAAAGGAACUAUCCUCUGGAUGAAUCUUUAUCCGGUGUUAAAGAGAGAGAUGUGUACGGUUUGAAAUCACCCCCUCCUAUACAUCCUCUCAUCACUGGUUCACUUAGAACUAUGUGCCAUAUUUUUCUCUCGCAGACAUGAACAAGACAAAAAAAAAAACAACUCUCGUGUAACAUAAUGAAGCUUAUGAUAACGAUAAUAAUGUUAUUACAGGAUCUUUUCUUCCUUUUCAUUUGUGAAUCAUAAUUGUGUAAAGAAGAAAAUCUUCGUUGAACAAAAGUGGAGGCUACUCGUGUUACUGGAGUGCUGAUGCUGCAGUCUGUUACCAUGUGGAUGUAUGAAUAUGUAUGUGAGAAAUAAGAAUAAUUUGAUCAACUGUUACAGGUACUUUAUAUAAAAACCUUUACAAGCA